GUGUUUGUAAUGUGUCAGGUAAUGUAACGUGGAACGUGAUUGGCUGGCUAUUUUCUGCAGUGGAUAUUUAACCAAUCCAUGGCAUAGGCAUGUUUGAAAUUCAUGUAGUGAAUUGUACAAAAUGAAAGUAAAACAUAGUGAUAUUGAAAUUGCAGCAGUUCAAAACGAAUUUCUAGCAAAAGUGCACUCUGAAUUGGAAUACUGUUCUAUACAAUUAUAAUCAGAAACUAGCCAAAGAAUAUGUACCAGCACGAGAGUUAAAUUUCUAAGGAAUAUGAAUGAAGAUACAUUCUGUAUUGAUUAUUGUGGCUGUGACAACGCUAGUCUUGGAUGUCAGCGCCCUUGAAGAUGAUCGCGCACGAGCAUAUUUGGAAGGAUUUAACGGCUACAACAAAAGGGCGGAAAACCUCACUCACCUUGUCUGGCUCAAGUCCUGGGCCUACAAUACUAACAUCACUGAAUACAACCUAAAACAAAUGAUGAUAGUGACAGUGCUGCGUUCCGAUUUCAACAAAAAAGAAGCUUCAGAAGCAGCGAAGUUCAACCUUAGCGCAAUGACCAACGCCAGUUUAAUACGUCAGAUAAACAAGAUUCUAGAUGUUGGAAUUUCUGGUUAUAAUGACAGUGACGUCCUUCGCAAGAUAGCGGAAAUUGAAGCGGAAAUGAUCGGGAUCUACAGUACCGCGAAAUGGUGCAAGACUCCCACUGAAUGUCACCAGCUGGAGCCGGGUUUGACGGAGAUCUUCACGAAUAGCCGGAACUACGACGAACUGCGUGACGCCUGGAAGGGUUGGCGCGACGUAAGCGGAAAGAUGAUGCGCAGCAACUACCAGGAAAUGGUCACGCUUAUGAACAGGGCUAUAAAGGCUGGAGGAAAGUACGCUGAUAUGGGCGCGUACUAUCGUUCUGUGUACGAGGAUCCCGAGUUCGAGAAUGACGUUCGUAAACUGUUCGAUCAGUUAGCACCAUUGUAUGACGAGUUGCACGCGUUCGUCCGCCGCAAGCUGAGAACGCAUUAUGGCGGAAAGCACUUCCCUUCAUCCGGCCACAUUCCAGCUCAUCUGUUUGGGGACAUGUGGGCACAGAGCUGGUCCAACAUUUACGAUCUGUUGGAGCCAUACCCAGGAAAGGGCAGCUACAACCUUACCAAGGCAAUGAUUAAACAGAAAUACAAUGUGACCCACAUGUUCAGGGUGGCGGAGGAAUUCUUCGUUUCACUUGGUCUGAAGCCAAUGCCUGACUCGUUCUGGACUAAUUCUCAGCUGGUCAAAGCUGAAGACCGAGAAGUGGUCUGCGGCGGAGAGGCCGUUGAUAUGUUCAACGAAACUGACUUCAGGGUCAGAAUGUGCACGAUCGUGGCUGGAGACUAUCUGAACACCAUUCACCAUGAGAUGGGUCACGUGCAGUACUACCUCGAGUACCAUCAUCAGCCCUUCCUUUUCCGCAACAAUCCGAACCCGGGGUUCGACGAAGGUGUUGCCGAUAUCGCCACUCUGUCUUUCUUGACUCCGGAGCAUCUCAAGUUGAUAGGCCUAAUACAGGAGCUUCCAAACAGCGCAGAGGGUGAUAUCAACUUCUUGAUGCAGAUGGCGCUUGAAAAGGUGGCUUUCUUGCCGUGGGGCUACCUCGUCGACCAAUGGCGCUGGAGCGUGUUCCGGGGUGAGACGUCGCCUAAAAACUACAAUAAGGCAUGGUGGGAUCUCAGAUGUAAAUACCAGGGCAUUUCGCCACCAGUUGCUCGGUCUGAGCAGGAUUUCGACCCUGGUGCAAAGACCCACAUCGCCGAUAACACGCAAUAUAUAAGUUACUUCGUGAGUUCCUUGCUACAGUUCCAGUUUCACCACGCGCUCUGUCAGUUGAUGAACAACACGCGUCCCCUCCACCGGUGCGACAUCUACAAUAGCAAGACUGCGGGUGACAGACUCAAGUCCGUGCUUCAGAUGGGGGCCUCUGUACACUGGGAAGAGGCGUUAUUCAAGCUGACGAAGGGGACGAUCGGAGAGACCAGAAAGCUCAGUGCGGCCCCUAUUCUUGCGUACUUUGAGCCGCUCCGGAUUUGGUUAAAAGAAGAAAACCGAAAAGCAAACGAGACAGCAUCUUGGGACAAAAACAACUGCCCACCCGGUUCCUUUGUGACGGUUCUCAGCGGCGUUCGCUCCCUGGCUUCCACUGGUUCCCUUACCAUGUUGCUCAUGGCUAGCAUCGUUCUAUCUUGGUUGGCGAUACCGUGGCUCUAUAAUAUGCGUUCUUUGAAAGGCUACAAAAAAUUAAGUGCUUUUAAUUCUGGUUGAAGUCCGUGCUUUGAUUUUCUGGUCAAAGAGGUUUUCUGCCCUUCCGGAACUAGAAAGCAUACGAUGCACAGCAGCUGUCUAACAGUGGUUACCUUCCUUGUCGGUACAAGCGGACAAAAAGCGCAGCCCACUUGCAGUGUUGUUCCAAACUGUAAAGAUUAUUUUAGACUAUAAUACGUACAUCGGGUUUUAUAGAAAAAAGACUUUUAUUGACAUAAUGACAAAAUGAAAUUAAAGGUUUGUUCGAUAUAUGAUUUUUUCGGGCGAUUUAACCCGAUAAAUAGACAAAGAUUAUUAUUCAAUUAUACUGUUUCAUAGUCCAAAAGAUUGAUUACUAAGAAUAUUUUUUAAUUCAUGUUUGUUUUACAUCAAUUUCAAUAUAUUGUCUACCUAACUGGAUGCACAAAUGGGCAACAUAUGUCAUAGUCAGACUCGCCUCGGAGAAAAGGACAACAUUUUUGUUUGUUUACAAUCAAUACAUGAUUGCAAUUGCGUUAAGGUUGUUUCAAUGACAUAUCUUGACAAUAUUAUAUGGUAAAUUGGUAUUGGUCUUCAUAUUGGAUGAUAAAAUUCACUUGUCAAAUAAAUGUACAUCGCUCUAUGUAAUCAUUGUAAUGGCUUAGAAGUAUUUAAGCAUACCUAUCUUGGCCACAGACAGUAGAAAAUCUAACAUAGGAGAGACCUACCUUGGUCACAGACUGGAGAGACGAGUUCAUUUUGUUGUUAAGUCGUAAUUUGGCAACCGCCCUAACCGGGUGGGCGGAUUGCGUCAUGUCCUGGAAGUUAGAUUAGUUGAAUUAAUAUAUUUUUGAUUAGAAAGCCUUGUGUUAACAACGAAAUAAAGAACAAAGAACUA